AUGCCUUCAGACGAUGAUUUCGUGAUGUCCAACUCGGAAGAUGAAGUUGUUCCAACGACUGCAAGAAAGAAAACUACCGCCCAAUCUCGUGCAAAGAAAGGUUCCCAGAGUAGUAGGAGUGCUUCGCCUUCAUCGUCUUCUUCCAAUUCCGCCGCCCCUGCAACAGAUGCAGGAGGUAACGUUGCUACAUCAAAUGCCUCUUCACAAUACCAACGGUUAAGUCCAAGAGAACACGUUCUCAGACGUCCUGAUACUUAUGUUGGUAGUAUCGACCGUACAACUUCGAACAUGUGGGUGUACAAUUCCGAGAGCGAAAAGCUCGAAUACCGUGAAGUCAACUAUGUUCCUGGUCUCUAUAAAAUUUUCGACGAAAUUAUCGUUAAUGCUGCUGAUAACAAGGUGCGCGAUCGAACCAUGAAUACCUUAAAAGUCAAUAUAAAUCCCGAGUCCAACGUAAUUACCGUUUUCAACAAUGGUAAAGGUAUUCCCGUUGAAAUUCACGACAAGGAACAGAUUUAUAUCCCGGAGUUAAUUUUUGGUAAUCUACUUACUUCUAGUAAUUAUGAUGACAAUCAAAAGAAAGUUACCGGCGGUAGAAACGGUUACGGUGCUAAACUUUGCAAUAUCUUUUCUUCAGAAUUUACGGUAGAAACUGCCGAUAAAUUUCAAAUGAAAAAGUACAAACAGGUCUGGACUGACAACAUGUCAAAAAAGAAAGAUCCCAUCGUUACGGACAUGAAAAGACCCGAGGAAUAUACGAAAAUUACAUUCAAGCCAGAUUUACAAAAGUUCGGUAUGUCCGAGAUUGACGCCGAUAUUGUUGCCAUUUUAAAACGCCGUGUUUACGAUAUGGCAGGUACUGUCCCUGAGACAAAGGUAUUUUUAAAUGAUGAGCGCCUGAAGGUUAGCGGAUUUAAAAAGUAUGUUGAUAUGUACCUGUCUUCAAGCACGCCCUCCGAUAGCGAAAGUCCUACUGUCAUUUAUGAGCAAGUCAAUGACCGAUGGGAAAUUGCGUUUGCUGUAUCUGACGAGGAAUUCAAUCAAGUUUCUUUUGUUAACAACAUCGCAACAAUUCGCGGAGGUACUCAUGUCAAUUAUAUUGCGGAUCAUAUUGUGAAAGCGGUCAAUGAAGAUGUACAGAAAAAAAACAAAGGCGCGCCAAUUCGUCCCUUUCAGAUAAAAAAUUUCAUUCGCAUUUUUGUUAAUUGCCAGAUUGAAAAUCCUUCAUUUGACUCACAGACUAAGGAAACCCUUACUACUAAAGUAUCCAAUUUUGGUUCGACUUGUACGCCAAGCGCAAGCUUUAUGAACCGCGUUAAGAAAACAGAAAUUGUAGAAAGAGUUUUGGAUUUGGCUCGCUCAAAAGCUGAUAAACAAUUAAGUCAAACAGACAGUCGUGGGUCACGUACUCGAAUUACUGGCUUGCCCAAACUUGAGGAUGCCAAUAAAGCUGGUACCAAAGAGUCUCACAAGUGUGUUUUGGUAUUGACAGAAGGUGAUUCUGCUCGUUCCCAAGCCCUUUCUGGUUUAAGUGUUGUUGGUCGAGAUUAUUACGGAAUUUUCCCAUUACGAGGUAAGCUACUAAACGUUCGUGAAGCUUCCCAUACCCAAAUUAUGAAUAAUAAAGAAAUUCAAGCCAUCAAAAAGAUUAUGGGACUUGUGCACAAGAAAAAUUAUACAGAUGCUAAAGAACUACGAUACGGGCAUUUGAUGAUAAUGACCGACCAGGAUCCUGAUGGCUCUCAUAUUAAAGGUCUAAUCAUCAACUUCUUGGAAUCUACUUACCCGUCAUUGCUGCAAAUCCCAGGAUUUUUGAUACAGUUCAUUACCCCUAUCGUCAAGUGCAAACGAAAUAGACAAGUCCUUUCCUUUUAUACUCUACCAGAAUAUGAUUAUUGGAAAGAAGCAAAUAACAACGGUCGUGGCUGGGACAUAAAAUAUUAUAAGGGUUUGGGUACAAGUGAUGCCACUGAAAUGAAAAGCUAUUUUUCGGAUCUCGAUCGUCACAUGAAGUAUUUCCAUGAAAUAGAAGAGAAGGACAAAGGUUUGAUUGAAAUGGCAUUUGCCAAAAAGAAGGCCGAUUCGCGAAAGGAAUGGCUUCGUACAUAUCAUCCCGGUAUUUUUAUGGAUUACACAGUUCCUCAGAUCCCGAUUGAUGAUUUCAUCAACAAGGAACUUAUUCAAUUCAGUAUGGCAGACAAUAUCCGUUCAAUUCCCUCCGUUAUAGAUGGAUUAAAACCCGGUCAGCGAAAGAUUAUUCAUUACUGUUUAAAGAAGAAUCUCACUCGUCAAAUUAAGGUAAGCAGUCUUACAGGAUAUGUUAUGAGUGAGACGGCUUAUCAUCAUGGCGAUAGUUCCUUAACUCAGACGAUUGUUAACUUAGCUCAAAACUUUGUCGGAAGUAACAAUAUCAAUCUUUUAAUGCCCCAUGGUCAAUUUGGAACUCGACUAGAAGGCGGUAAGGAUGCAGCAGCUCCUAGGUAUAUCAAUACUUGUCUCUCUCCUAUAGCUAGGAAGUUGUUCAAAUCGGAAGAUGAUCCUUUGAUGAAUUAUCAGAAUGAAGAAGGACAGUGGAUCGAGCCUGAUUAUUACGUCCCAAUUAUACCAAUGCUACUUGUUAACGGUGCUGAGGGAAUUGGAACAGGCUGGUCUACUAACAUUCCAAAUUAUAAUCCUAAAGAUAUUUCUGCUAAUUUAAGACGACUUUUGAAUAAUGAACCCUUGCUUGAGAUAUCUCCCUGGUACCGCGGUUUCCGUGGUGGUAUAGAAAAGGUUACACCCGACAGAUACAAAGUUAGUGGUAUAAUUAAUCAAAUAAGCGAUUCAAAAGUUGAAAUUACUGAACUGCCUGUUCGAUUUUGGACCCAAGAUAUGAAAGAAUACUUAGAAACGGGUAUUGCAGGAAGUGAUAAAACCAAACCAUUUAUUAAGGACUAUGAAGGCUAUCAUGGUACGGGUAAUGUACAUUUUCAAGUCACUCUCACAGAACAGGGCAUGAGGGAAGCUGUGGCUGAGUCCUUGGAAGCUAAAUUCAAAAUAGUCCGAAGUCAAGCUACUAGUAAUAUGAUGGCAUUUGAUCCUUCCGGAAGGAUAAAGAAAUACGAAAGUGUCGAAGAUAUUUUGACAGAUUUUUUUGAAGUUCGUUUGCGAACUUAUCAAAGACGCAAAGAACUUUUGGUUGCUGAAUUAGAACGCCGCUUCGAUAUGUUUUCCAAUCAAGCGAGAUUUGUCCACAUGAUUAUUGAAAAUGAACUUGUAGUUUCGAAAAAGAAGAAGAACAUCCUUGUAGCUGAACUCCGCGAAAAAGGAUUUCAGCCAAUUUCGAAACCUAAGAAAGGUCGUGAGGCUGACAUGGAAGCCGAGCGUGCUCAACUACGUGGCGAAGAUCCCGUUGAAGAACAGGAUUCUUCGAGUGACUUUAAUUACCUUUUGUCUAUGGCAAUUUGGUCUUUAACAUACGAAAAGUAUUUGGAGCUGUUGAAGAAAAGAGAUGAUGUUAUGACAGAACUUGACACGUUAAUUAAACUGACUCCUAAGGAUUUAUACUUGCAAGACUUAGAAGAAUUUGAAUACACUUGGGACAAUGUGAUGGACGAAAUGAACCGGAGCAUGUUGGAGGAUGAAGAGGCAUCAAGAGGGUUUGUUGGGUCUACCAAACCUUCCACAACGCGUAGACGAAAUACGGGUGCGAAAAUGAAAGUGAAGUCCGAAGAACCUGGUGAUGACAAUACAGGGCCUGGAAGUGGCAGACCACGUGCAAAAAGCACCGCAAGGCCAACGAAGGUAAAAAGUGAAGAAACAGAACAACCGGCUACAAAGGCUCGCAAGGGAAGUCAGCCAACACUUAGUUUCGCUAAAGAAAAUGGUUCAACUUCAAAUAAACAUUUACCAGAGGAUAAAGGUACAAAAACCCCCUUUUCUAUUGCAAGAGGAAAAGGCAAGAAACCAGACUCCUCAAACUCGUCGAGCGAAGGUGUUCAAACUAAAAAUAAGGGGAAAAAGCGUUCAUCUUCUGAUUCACCAAGUGAUGACGAGGAUCCUCAGACUACAAAGAGAGCAGCAUCUCGGCAUGGCCAGUCUAAAGCAACUGAACCUAGGACAUUAUUUUCUUCCGAUGAUGAGGAAGACUUACCUUCCGAGACUAUAUCUGGCAAACUCCAAAGUAAUUUGAAGGGCCCGUUUGUCGACAUUACCAAUGCUAAAGAGGCCCCAUCGAAAGGAAGAACAACUUCGGUUAUUGAUGAUGAGGAUUUUGACGAUUUACCAGACAGUUCCACUCCCAAACCAAAUAAGACCGGCAUGAACGGAAAAGCAGAUGCGGCAGUGUCCCCGACUAGGCCUCGUAGGACAACCACCCGGCGAGCGGCUACUACGAAUAACUCCAUUUAUGUAGAUUCUUCCUUGGAUGAAUCCAGUUUUCAAGAUGAUUCAUUCGUAGUUGGAGAUAAUGAAGACGAUGAUUAUGAAGAGGAUGUCUAA